GGUUCAUGAAAAAAAAAUAAUUAAUUCAAGUAUCAUGCCAAGAAUUUUAUUAAACAAAUAUCGAUUACAAUCAAUAUAUUAAUUUAUUUUGAAGAAACACUAUCUAACUCCAAAUUUAGUUUGAGAAACAGAAUUUGUGUAACAGAUAAAUUGUCGCACGAACGUUCAAGCUAAUUUAAGGUUCAUUCAUAACUAGCCGGAAAAACUUCAUAUUUAAAAGAACUUAAUUCUUUAUUAUUAUUUUUUUUUCUUUCUUUUGAAAAUUAUUAAUAUUAUUGUUUAAUAUUAUUGCUAUUUUUAUCAUUAUCAUUUAUUAUUUAUAUAUUAGGAUCUAUCAUAAUUUUUGGUUCAUAAUAAUGUGCAUACUUUCUGGAACAGAGAUAAAGAAACAAUUAAAAGAAGAAAAAUUAACAAUCGAACCUUGUGAUUAUGCUAAUAUCGGUAUUGCAAGUAUUGAUUUAACCCUUGGAGAUGAAUUUAGAUAUUUUGUUCAUCAUAAUGGACCAGUACCAAUUAGUGAUGAAGCUGGUGCGAAAGAUUACCAAAAAUUUUCAAGAAUCAUGAAGUGUGAUGAUGGUAGACCAUAUUUUCUUGGGCCUGGUCAAAUGUGUUUAGGAAUUACAAAGGAGAGAGUUCAAUUACCAUCGGAUUUAUGUGCAUUAGUAGAAGGAAGAUCAAGAUUUGCUAGAUUAGGAUUAUCGGUACAUAUUACAGCAUCAUUCAUAAACCCUGGAUCGAAUAAUCAAACAGUUUUGGAAAUUUUUAACGCAUCAAGUUUAACCUUAGCCUUAUAUCCUGGUACAAAAGUUUGUCAAAUGAUCUUUAUGACUAUGGAAGGUCAAGCUCAUUAUAACGGAAUUUUUCAAGAUCAAGCUUUGUAACGGUUAAUAAUAAUUGUUUAUUAAUUUUUUUCUCUAAAUUUUUUUCAAUAUUUUUUUUUUUUUUUUUUU